CAUUUUGGGGACGGUGUCAGUUUCCGAAGAACCACCAGACGCGGCGUUUUUUUCCCAAAGCGAACACAAACAGGAGCGAGCUACGGGAUUUUGUCUAGCGGUUUGUUUUUGCGUUCCUCGUGUUAGGAGUCUGCCCACUCGUCGGCUCUGCGAAUCGAACGGUGUUUUGUCUCCGUGUGCCGUGUUUGCAGUUGCGCAAGAACGCUACAAUAAGCACGGUGGUGGUGGUGGUAGAGCCAUUGCAAUUGACAGCGUCUGCAGUUCAUUCCAAGAUGGCCGCUUGGGUAGCAUUCAUUUUUUACUGAUCGACUCUCAAGUUUCAUUGUCUGCCAAAAACGCUGGACAAAGACCGUCGCGAAAUAAAACGGCUUCUCAACCCUCAUGACGAUGCAUCGAACAACAAGGAUAAAGAUCACGGAGUUAAAUCCGCAUUUGAUGUGCGUUUUAUGUGGAGGGUACUUCAUCGACGCAACCACUAUUGUGGAAUGCUUGCAUUCAUUCUGUAAAAUGUGCAUAGUGCGGUACCUAGAGACCAGCAAAUACUGUCCGAUAUGUGACGUCCAAGUUCACAAAACCAAACCGUUGUUGAAUAUCAGAUCAGAUAAAACUCUUCAAGACAUUGUAUACAAACUGGUGCCUGGUCUGUUCAAAAAUGAGAUGAAACGAAGACGAGAUUUCUACGCAGAACAUCCAUCAGUUGAUGCUGCCAACGGCUCGAACGAGGACAGAGGAGAGGUGGCGGAUGAGGAUAAGAGAAUCAUUGCUGAUGAUGAGAUCAUCAGCCUGUCUAUUGAGUUUUUUGAUCAGAACAGAUUUGAAACUGGUCAUGGGGAAGACAAAGAAACCACAAAAGAGGCAAAUGUGAAACGAUAUUUACAAUGUCCUGCUGCUAUGACGGUGAUGCAUCUCAGAAAAUUUCUCCGAAGUAAAAUGGAUAUUCCAUGUACCUUUCAGAUUGAGGUUAUGUAUGAAGACGAGCCGCUGAAGGAUUACUACACGCUAAUGGAUAUUGCUUACAUAUACACUUGGAGGAGGAAUGGUCCACUGCCGCUGAAGUACAGAGUUCGUCCCGCCUGCAAGAAGUUGAAGCUGAACAGCCCAGGGAGCGCUGUGACCGGAAGCACAAAGCCAGAGACAGAAAGCGACUCCGGUAGUGAGAAGCCCGGCAGCCCGGCCACCCCUGCCCCUGUCUCCGCGCACACCCACACCCCCACCACCUCCUCCUCCUCUGCCUCCUCCUCCUCCUCCUCCCUGGCCAGCCCGAGCACUCCAGCCAAGCCCCCACAUCCAGGCUUUCCCCAUGCGUCCCCAGUCAACGGAGUCAGCACCAAAGCCGCACCCAAUGGCCAGGCCCCUUUCAGCAACAAAGCCAGCAAAGGCACUCUUAAUGGCUCUCUGGGGUGAGCUGCGGACUUGAAGCCAUCACAAUCCAAUUCAGAAGAGCUGUGCUGUAGAUUAUUUCUUUUCCUACCACAUUGUUUUUGUAUUUUAUUUAUAUAUAUAUAUAUAUAUAUGUGUGUGUGUGUG